CCCUAAAGCUGGUGUCUGGUAAAAUGAAGGGAUCAGUUCCAACGGAACCAACUUGUUCUUCCAUUCAAACACUAGAAGAUAUGGAAGCUUUAAAGACACACAGCUCUGUAGAAUUUGCAGUCAUGUCAGGAAGACCACAUUGACUCUCAAUCAAACAUGCUGUUUGACUGCAUGGCCUGUUAGCGUGGACCUGAGCCCGAGGACCCUAGAGAGGGUUGCCGAUGAGCAUGACCAGCACCCGCUGCAAGCUGGCCCACCACCUGGAAGACCUGGAGGAUGCAGACCUUAAGAAAUUCAAAAUGCAUUUAGAAGAUUACCCUCCAGGGGAGGGCUGCAUUUCCCUCCCCAGGGGCCAGCUCGAGAAGGCAGACCACGUGGACCUGGCCACACUCAUGAUUGCCUUCAACGGGGAGGAGAAGGCCUGGGCCAUGGCUGUGAGGAUAUUUGCUGAGAUCAACAGGAGAGACCUCCAUGAGAAAGCUAAGAGAGACCAGCUAGAGUGGGAUAAUACACAUGAUUCCAGUCUCACUGUGGUGUGCCAAGAAGACAGUAUUGAAGAGGAGUGGAUAGGUUUACUGGGGUUCCUUUCCAGAAUCUCAGCUUGUAAGAAAAAGAAAGAUUACUGUAAGAAGUACAGAAGACAUGUGAGAAGUAGAUUCCACUGUAUUGAAGAUAGGAAUGCGCGUCUAGGUGAGAGUGUGAAUCUCAAUAAACGUUACACGCGGCUGCAGCUGGUCAAGGAGCACCCAAGCCAGCAGGAGAGGGAGCAUGAGCUGCUGGCCAUUGGCAGGACCAAGACAUGGGACAGCCCCAUGAGUCCUAUUAAGCUGGAAUCGCUGUUUGACCCCGAUGAUGAACACUCUGAGCCUGUGAACACGGUGGUAUUCCAGGGAGCGGCAGGCAUUGGGAAGACAAUUCUGGCCAGGAAGAUUAUGCUGGACUGGGCAUCAGGGAAGCUGUUCCAAGAUAAGUUUGACUAUUUAUUCUACAUCCACUGUCGCGAGGUGAGCCUUGUGAUGUCGAGGAGCCUGGGGGACCUGAUUGUCAGCUGUUGCCCUGACCCAAACCCACCCUUGUGCAAGAUCAUGCACAAGCCCUCCAGGGUCCUCUUCCUCAUGGAUGGUUUUGACGAGCUCCAGGGGGCCUUUGAUGAGCACAUAGGAGCGCUCUGCACAGACUGGCAGAAGGCUGAGAGGGGGGACAUUCUCCUGAGCAGCCUCAUCAGAAAGAAGCUGCUGCCUGAGGCCUCUCUGCUCAUCACUACGAGACCAGUGGCCCUGGAGAAGCUGCAGCACCUGCUGGACCACCCACGUCACAUAGAGAUCCUGGGUUUCUCUGAAGCCAAAAGGAAGGAGUAUUUCUUCAAGUAUUUCUCAGAUGAAGCACAGGCCAGUGAGGCCUUCAGGCUGAUCCAGGAGAAUGAGGUCCUCUUCACCAUGUGCUUCAUCCCCUUGGUGUGCUGGAUUGUGUGUACAGGGCUAAUGCAGCAGAUGCAGAGUGGCAAGAGCCUCGCUCAGACCUCUAAGACCACCACUGCAGUCUAUGUCUUUUUCCUGUCCAGUCUCUUGCAGUCCCGAGGAAUGGGCCAAGAGCCCCACCUCCAUGCCAACCUCCGUGGGCUCUGCUCUUUGGCUGCUGAUGGAAUCUGGAACCAGAAAAUUUUAUUUGAGGAAUGUGACCUCAGGAAUCACGGCCUGCAGAAGGUGGAUGUGUCUGCUUUCCUGAGGAUGAACGUGUUCCAGAAGGAAGUAGACUGUGAGAAAUUCUACAGCUUUAUUCACAUGACUUUCCAGGAGUUCUUUGCUGCUAUGUACUAUUUGCUGGAAGAGGAAGAAGACAAUGCGAUGACAAGGAGCAAGUCUGGGAGUUGUUCAGAGCUUCCACACCGAGAUGUGGCGGUCCUCCUGGAAAACUAUGGCAAAUUCGAAAAGGGAUAUCUGAUCUUUGUGGUCCGCUUCCUUUUUGGCCUUGUAAAUCAGGAGAGAACCUCUUAUUUGGAGAAGAAAUUAAGUUGUAAGAUCUCCCAGCAAAUCAGACUGGAGCUGCUGAAAUGGAUUGAAGCAAAAGCCAAGGCCAAGAAGCUGCAGAUGCAGCCCAGCCAGCUGGAGCUGUUCUAUUGCCUGUAUGAGAUGCAGGAGGAGGACUUUGUGAGAAGGGCCAUGGACCACUUCCCCAAAAUUGAGGUCAACCUCUCCACCAGAAUGGACCACAUGGUUUCUUCAUUUUGCAUUGAGAACUGUCGCAGAGUAGAAACACUUUCCCUGGGCUUUCUCCAUAACUCGCCCAAGGAGGAAGAAGAGGAGGAGGAAGACAGUCCACACGCGGAUCAGUGUUCUUUUCUGUUCUUCUGCCUUCUCAUUUCUAGAGUGGUGAACUACUGUCUAACGUCCAGUUUUUGUCGGGGCCUCUUCUCUGUUCUGAGCAGUAACACGAGUCUAACUGAGCUAGACCUCAGCGACAAUGUGCUGGGGGACCCAGGGAUGAGGGUGUUGUGCGAAACACUCCAGAAUCCUGGCUGUAACAUUCGGAGACUGUGGUUGGGACGCUGCGGCCUUUCCCAUCAGUGCUGUUUUGACAUCUCCUCAGUCUUGAGCAGCAACCAGAAGCUGAUAGAAUUGGACCUGAGUGACAAUGCCCUGGGAGACUUUGGAAUCAGACUCUUGUGUGUGGGGCUGAAGCAUCUAUCCUGCAAUCUGAAGAAACUCUGGUUGGUCAGCUGCUGCCUCACAUCGGCCUGUUGUCAGGAUCUGGCGACCGUCCUCAGCACCAGCUGCUCCCUGACCAGACUUUAUGUUGGGGAAAAUGCCUUGGGAGAUUUGGGAGUUGGAAUUUUAUGUGAAAAGGUGAAGCAUCCGCAAUGUAACUUGCAGAAACUGGGGUUGGUGAAUUCUGGCCUUACAUCAGCUUGCUGUUCAGCUCUGUCUUCUGCACUCCAAGCUAACCACAGCCUCACACACCUUUACCUUCGAGGCAACGCCCUUGGAGACGGAGGGCUCAAGCUACUGUGUGAAGGGCUCUUGCACCCUGACUGCAAGCUUCAGAUGUUGGAAUUAGACAACUGCAGCCUCACUUCACACAGCUGCUGGGAUCUUUCUACAAUCCUGACCUCCAAUAGGAGCCUCCGAAAGCUGAGCCUAGGCAAUAACGACCUUGGAGAUCUGGGGGUCAUGAUGCUCUGUGAGGUCCUGAGACAGCAGGGCUGCCUCUUGCAGAGUUUGCAGUAA